GAAAAGUUAUGAAUCCACAGAUUUUUGGCAAAACAAAGGAUGUAGUGAUACGACAAGUUGCUCUCCCGACUGCUGUGUUAUCACAUCGUGUCGCAAGAUGUCGACCAGUUACCGAGAUUUCUACAAUUCCCCCACCGUCCAAUAAAAAGAAUUCAACCCCUCCACCGCAAUUCAGAAGACGUGCUCCACGCCGAGCUAUUGAGAAACCUCCCUGUGUGCUAUACUGCACUCCUGACUGCACAUCUGCUCCUUCAUCAAGCUUCAGUGACUUGCCCUCCAAUGAACACGUAUUGUUGUUUGACGGUGAUAAACACAAUCCCGAUCAAGAGAAGGUUCUAGCUCUUUCCAGAAUGUUCGACAAUAUACUCAGAGAGAUACCACGUCUUCUAGAUAACCACGACUACACUAUUUACACAGAUGAUUUGGAGUUUAUAUCUCAUCUUCCCAUGCUCAGAACUGUACAUGGUAGACAAUCCUAUAAAGUUGGUCUAACAGCAUGGUUCAGAUCUCUGACUCUACUCUACACCGACCUUUACAUUGACGUGCUGGAGGCAGUGAAGGAGAAGGAGAGUGUAAGUGUGAGGUGGGCUAUUUGUGGCAACAGCAGAAUCAACUCCUCUUUUGUUCGAGUGUUUGACGGCACCUCCACAUUUUACCCAGAACGGACGGGACUCAUCAAGACUCAUAUCCUGGACAAGGUUGCUGUGGAUAAGUGGAGAAUGUACCAGACAAUCUCAAUGAGCACUCCUUCCGGCUAGCACGCCCCACAAGCUUUCACAUUUUAUUUUAUCUGAAGAUUAAGAAUAUGGCUAAAGACAAUAUAAGAGAUGCAUGGUACUCAUUUAACAUACUCCUAGGAAUUUGAUGAUGGUUGUUGAUUAAAUGGGGAAAAAUUAUUUCAUCGAAUUUGAAGUCUAAUCUUUAAAAUGGGGUCCACUUUACUGUCACUUUAUUUCAUUUUUACUUAAUGGCAAGUUUUCUUAAUGCUAUGAUCUCUAUAUAAACUAUCAGUAUAAGUAAACUGCAGAACUAGGGUUGACUUUCCGGACGUUUUCUGGCCAGUGGUCAUUCCUUGCAUGCAACUGCCGAGGCCUCAUUCGAAAAAAAUAAAGGUAGCGCAUAACUGAUAUUGAUAACGAAGUGUAGUCAGUAGUGAGACAAUUAUACAAGGAUUAUUGACCAAAAACAAAAAAUACGGCACUGUCGAUUAUAUUCAAACAAUUUCUUAAAUAUCCACGUUGAAUUCGUUGAUUGUGGCUGUGACCCUAUUAAAUUAUGUUGAUCAAUCUCAGAUCCACAAACCUGUCCUAGUGCUGGACGACGAGCCGCGCAUUGUGUCUCUACUUGCUUCUCCAGCCUGACGCCGCGCGCACUCUUUACAAUAAACGGUCAAACUCUCAAUCGGUAAUACUAAUGCAAAUCUACUUAAUUGGUAACGAAAAAAACUGUUUUAUCAUAAUGAAUCUCAGUUAAAAUUUAGAACGUUGCUCAAAAUAUAUUAACUUUGAGUUAAUUUUGAAAAUUUGUUGUUACUCCUAAGUCUAACUUUAAGGUAAAAUUAAGAUUUUAAUUUGUAAUCGUAGACUUAAAUUUAGUUUAUUUCUUGUGUGUUUUAUUAGUCUUUUAUAUGGUCUGUGGUCACCUUUUAGUGUAUUUGUAUUAUCAUAUUGCCUAUUAUCGGCUUGAUGUUUUAGUGAAAAUAAAGAGUUAAUUUGAGUUUGAGUUUUUUUUUUCCUUUAAAAUUUGCAGGAAGCAUAGAUAAUAUUAAUAAAUUCCAUUAACAAUUUUGAUGCUUUACUACAUUUCGAUAGCAGUGUAUUUUUUACUCAGAUUUUAAUGAAAAUAAUAAAUGAAAACAUUAUAGUUUAUAGUUUAUACUUAUAGAUUAUACUUACC